CAGAGCCGGCGCGCUGCUACUCCCGCCGCAGUGUGCAUGUGCUUCAGAGUCUGCCUGAUACUACAGCAAGUACCUGCAACCUCCUGCUGGCUCACCGUACAGCGCGCAUUUAGAUCGUUUGCACGCAAAAUGCCACGCUGUAACCUCGGAUUGUUAUAAUAUGACGAGCUAUUAAACUUAACACGUGGCACAGAGUGAUGCAUUUUUUAAUGAUAUGUUAAAUCUAACGCUGUAGGUUCACGACACGUAAAGAGCCACCUGUCCAGGAAUGUAGCGGAGACUCCUGGGCUCACAAGAACUCCCUUCCCCUUCCUUGUUGACUGCAUGGUGCUCUGGCAACGAGGACCCAUUAUGCAGUGGGCCAGUCAUCAUGGUCCUGCCUAAGGGGUGACAGGACUUGUCAAAGUGCAUGAGGUCAGCACCCAGACAAGAUGGGGACAGAGAGUUACACUCAGCAGCUCCAGCUGGAGACCAGUGAUGGGGCUGGAACGCUGGCUAGUAUCACCAGUGUGGAGGGGCCAAUGGGAGAAAGUGUCGACACAGGGUGGUACAUGCCUUAUCCAAUUGGUUUUCAGGUGUCACUUACCUGCUUUCUCUUACUGGAGCUGGUUCUGGGCUUUAGCAGUAACUUGACAGUGCUAGUGCUUUACUGCUCCCAGUCCAACCUGGUUGAUUCAGUGAGUAACAUGGUCACGGUCAACCUACACAUCCUGGACAUUGUUGUGUGUGUGCUUUGUCUGCCGUUAACAGUUGUUGUGGUGUUGCUGCCAACGGGUCGUAACCUGGAACUUAUCUGCUGCUUCCAUGAAGCCUGUGUCACAUUUGCAAGCAUCUCCACAGCCAUUAAUGUGCUAGUCAUUAGUCUGGAUCGUUAUGACAUUUCUGUGCGGCCUGCUAACCGGUUCCUCACUCCUCGAUGGGCAGCGCUUCUGUUGGCUGCUGUAUGGGCCGUGUCUCUUGCAGUUUUUUUCAUCCCCUUCAUAGAGGUGGACUUUUUCUCGUCAGAACCAGAGAAUGGGUUGGCCAGCAGCUCCUUGGCACCAGCUUGGCGUAACAGGACACUACUGUGUGUGGGAGGACAGGGUUAUUACACAGCCCUCGGAAUGUACUACCACAUCCUACUGCAGGUGCCCAUUUUCUUUGUCACAGUAGUGGUCAUGCUCUUCACCUACUCAAGAAUUCUUCGAGCACUCAACAUUCGUAUUGGAUCGCAUAUGAGGAGGAAUCAGCAUCGUAGUGGAGCAACCGGUAGAGGGCGCCAGAGGAGACGGAAAAAAAAGGCGGGCUCAGCGGAUAUUGAAGGAGGAGCCCAAACAACAAACCAGACUAAGCAACUGACACAUCCUCCACUCAUCUCCUCGCCAGUUCCAACCCCUACAGCCACCUCACCUCCACCUCUGUCAUCUACUCCACUGGUUAGUGCCAGCACUGCCACAGCGCCUGCUCCAGCAGUAGGUGUUCAGGCUUCAGUUUCAGCCAUCAUUGCUCUUCGUAGAGCCGUAAGGCGGCACAGAGAUCGGCGAGAGCGGCAGCGACGGGUCUUCAGAAUGUCCCUCAUUAUUAUCUGCAGCUUCUUAGGCUGCUGGGCACCUAUAUCUGUGGCAAACAUUCUCAUCCUGACUCUAGGUCCCAGCGAUGCUCUUGUUCGAGUGCGGCUUUGGUUCUUGGCCAUGGCCUAUGGCACCACCAUAUCUCAUCCACUGCUUUAUGCCUUCACAAGGCAGAAGCUCCGCCGGGCUCUCAGGGCCAAAGUAAAGAAGCGGGUGGUGUCCUUGCUGCAAGUGGACCCAUCCCCAGGCGGAACUGUUAUCCACAAUUCCUGGGUAGAGCCACGACAGGGACGUAAGAUUCGUUUAGAAGGCAGUGAUGCUACAGAUCGGUGUCUAACCGAACCACUUUGAAAUAAAGCAACAGGACUUUUGGUUUGUAUAUUCGUCCAAUAUGACAGCACGUCAAGAAAAGAUAUUGUGUUGUGGCCUUAUUAGGCAGCGUCUGAAGUGUGCUGUCCAAAUUAAUAAACAGGUCACAAUGAACACAAUCAAUGGACUCAUAAUAAUCAGUGAGCUAAAAAUGGUUUAACAUGUAUUCUUUGCAAGUUGUGUGCUGAUUUACAACGUUAACAAUGUUCAUUAUUUACCAUUUUACUCAUAUUUAAAGCAUUGUUUUUAAUGUGAAAAUGAUAAUUAAAAGCUGGGGUAUUACUGAAGGGUCUAUUUUAAACUGGUUUUAAUUUGUAGUAUACAUUUUUGGUGCAAACACCAGGACGUAUUUAUUUAUUUAUUUAUUUACUUGUUUGUUUGUUUAUGUACUAUUAUGUGAUAUAAUUUAUGUAAUUUAUUUAUGUAAUUUACAACAUGUAAUUGUGCAAUAUGAAUUUUCUUUAUUUUGGCAUAACUGUGCAUAUCACGAGAUAUUUUACAGAAUUGUAUGAUAUUCAGUAAUAAGCUAAUCUGCAAUAUUUGCAACUUGAAGUCGAAUGGAGAAUGGCACAGGUGUGCCAAUUAAGCAGCUCAUUUGUUUGUUAACUAGGAUUCUUGGUAGAGAUAAGACACAGAAGCCACCUCUGGGCCUCCUUAGCAGCUGUUGUUUAGGAAAUAGUAACUAUCACCAGCGAACUAUGAGGAGAGCAUGAGGAUAGGGCUGAUGCGAAAGCUCAAGCGUUCGGUUAUCUACACUCUGGCCUCCUCUUAUACACCUACACAUGUGUAUUUCAUACUGAUUUAGAUAUGGACAUUAAAUGCUCAAUAGCCUGGCAGCACAGUGUGGAUUUAAGUCCAUGUUUACAUAAUGGUAAACUUGCUCUUUGAGAGUACUCACCAAGGCACUAAUCUUCAAUAGCAGCUUACAGUAAACUACAUGUACAGUAAAUAUAUAUUUUGUCAUUUAGUUGCAUGUGAAAGCAUUCUCUACUACAAGGGCAAAUACAUUCUAGACCAUGCCUUAUAUCUCCUCAAAAGAGUACUGUGGUGUUGAAUGUUUUUUUUAAUUUUCCACAUGGACAUUUCACAGGGAAUGAAAGCGUUCCUAAAUACCACAUUAUAUAUCACUAGUUAGUUCUGCAAAGAAAAUGUCUGUUCUGCAAAGGAAAGUCUGAGUCCUCCUUGGGAGAUGAUAAGUUCCUCUACAGAUUUAUUUUUGGCUGUUAAUGAAACACUGAAACCUCCAAAUUGUAGGUGUACACCCUGGCUAAUGCUUGGUUCUUGUUAGUGUAUCAGUCCAGGUUUAGUCAGUGUGCAUUGCUGAGGGUCGGUGUACAUGUUAGCAAGUAAACACAAGGGAGGUGUAUUAGUAUAUUUAUUUCUAAUUUUUUUUUUAUGAAUCGGUAAGUGUAUAGUAGAUGCUAAUCACUGUACAUACAUAAAUGUUUAUAGCCACAGUAUAGUAUGUGGUAAGUCUAUAAAGACAUACCAUGUUUACAGAGUCAAUAUCAGAAAACACAAGACUAGGCACGUCCAUAAACAAAUAUUAAACUCUACAUGGAGAAUACCUUACAUGACCUUUUAACAUAAACUGUGUGGAAAAUUGUGAUCUUUCCAGUGGGCUCAGUGAAUAUCAUCUAAGGAUAAAGGUCAAUGAAUCCAAACUUUGUAUAGUUAUGUUCUAAUUGUUAUACGUGGGCUAUAUAUAAUAAUUAUAUAUGAUAAUUGGUGCAUAAAACUAGAUUAGCUUUCUUUAGCUUUCACUGAGAACAUAAAGUAAAUGGGGCCUCAUUUGUUUCUGAGCAGCAUAAUAAAACGGCUGAACAGCUCUGAUGCCAGAGAAAAAAAAUUCCCAUGAGGCCACUGCACACCUCCCCAGACUGAUCACACAUUAGCUGGUUACUUUGGAGUCCAUAUGGAGAUGAAAUGAUCAGAGGGAGGUUUUAUUUUCCAUCAUUAAGUGUCAGUGGCACAAGCUCUACAAGAUCACAGUGUAAUCUUGUCGGUAUUUAUGAAGUUGUUUUUUUUUCCCCCCAACACAUACAUUGUUUGUGUUGAGUCGGAUGCACAUCUUUUGACCAUGCAUUGCAUGUUCUAUAAUGUUGUAAUUAUUGUACGAUAAUGUCAUCGUGCUGUUUUAACGUAUGUUUAAAAUGUGUAUAUCAAUAAAUUUCAGUUUCAUUUAGUUGA